UUAUCUGAUUAUACGAUAACUUGAGGAUGAUCGUAUAUUGAUACAUUAUACUUACUACCGGUAUCAUUCGAAUGUUAUUUUUGAAAAUCUAUUCAUCUUUCAGAAACAGUGAUGUAUUCUAGAAGUAAAUUUAAACCUCAAAUUUUGGCAGCUAUUCCAGUUGCACUAGGUGAGCUAAUCGCAGGACUAGGCUACGGCUGGCUUUCGCCAACAUUGAAAAAUGCGAACAUACACUACGGUAAACAUGUCAGCUCGAUCGAAGAAUCCUGGAUCGGAUCAUUACACAGUUUCGGUAGAGUACUCGGACCUCUUCUUUCGCUUUACUUUUUGGAUAAAAUUGGUCGAAGUUGGCUACUGAUAACUUUCCUCAUAUCGACCUCGUUCAUUUGGUUACUUUUGUUCGCCAAAUACAUCGAGAUGAUUUACGUAGCCAGAAUCCUAUUCGGUAUCGCUUGCGGUGUAUUCGAAAUGUCCAACGCUAUAUACCUAGCUGAAAACUGCUCUUCUAAAUUGAGACUAUUCAUCAGUAGCUUCACAUCUUCCUUUUUCUACUGCGGUAUGCUAUUCGAAUUCAUAUUAGCUACCUAUUGCGGAUACGACGCCGUACUUUGGGUCAAUUGCGGUAUAGGUAUCGUAUCCAUGUUGAGUUUAAAAUUACUAAAAGAACCGGCUCAAUUUUUAAUAGCUCGAGGUAAAUAUAAAAAAGCUCUUAAAUCCAUAAUGUAUUUAAAAGCGAUAGAAGACGUCAAAGAAGCCGAAGCUGAAAUGGAACGCAUGAAGAACACAGUCGAAGAAGAAUCUCAUUCGGAUGUCCAACGAAGCAAGAAACUCAUCAUCGUUACGAUGAUAUUACACGCUCUGACUCCAUGGACCGGUUACGAAACGUUGACAGCUUUUGCUUCGAUGACCUUUUAUUCUUAUAAUCUCAUGUCCGAAAACCAAUUCGUUAUUUUAUUGGGACUGGUGCAGUUUUUGAUCAGUUGUUCGACCAUGCAGAUUGUAAACGCGUCUCGAAGAAGAACCUUCAUUAUGACUGCCUUUGUCAUUUGCACAAUUCUGCAUACCACAACGGCUACUCUUUUCUAUUUAGAAGAGUACAAGUGCGAUGUACCUUACGCUCCUUGGUUGGUUUUUUGUUCGGUGACUAUCUACAUGGGGGUUUAUUCGGCCGUUUAUCCGGCCAUUUACAUACUACGAGGUGAAUUAUUCCCUAUACAUUUGAAAGCUAGGGGAGGAUGUGUUUGUAUUAUGGCCAACGGAUCGAUGGAGUUUUUGACUACUUCUAUUUAUUUAGGUAUAAUUAAACAUAUAGGUAAUCAUUUCAAUUUUCUUCUGUACAGUAUAUUCAGCGCCGUUACUGUAAUAUACGUGUAUUAUUUUAUUCCCGAGACCAAAGUAAGAACAAAAAAUAUUAAGAAAGGUAUUCCAGAGGUGGAAACUGCAGCCGCUGUAUCUGAGGAAUCAAUCAGUGAAUCUCUAUCUGCUUCUACGAUUACGGAAACUUCCUCCAGUUCGUGUUCGGAUUAAUAUUUUGGUCUCGUUUUUAAUUUAUUUAGCAAAAAGAUUUAAUUUAAAAUAGGUACCUAGUUAAUUUGGCAUGAAAACAGCAAAAAUAAUUCGGAAGAACGUUCCUUUCAUGAAGCAUGAUGUGAAAUUACUGAUCAAAAAAUCAUUCACUUAUUGAAAAAUCAUAUACCUACCUAAUUAUUGGCACUCAAAAAAAUCCAACCCUGAUUUUAUUAGACUCUAAAAAUUAAAUUAUUGUUCCACUGUUUUUUUUUUGUUCCUUAUCGUUGUCGUAUAAUUUUAAGUACAUUGAAUAACUCAUUUAAAGUAUUAUAGAAUGAUCAUGAAACAUGCGAGAUAAUUUUGUAAAUUAACUGAGCCAUAGGCUACUAAUAAACCACGAUGAUAUAAAUACAUAUAUAAGUUGCAUUGUGAAUUGUGAUAGAUACCUACUUCUUUAUAAGUUUGAUUUUCAAUUAUGUAUUUAUGUGAGAAUUAUUUAAUUAUUUAAUAUUUAUUAUAAUUUUUAAGUGGAUUAUUUUUAUAAAAAUCUGUCAAAUACACUUUCGUUUUUCUCCUU